GUAAAUCCAAAUUGACAUAAUAAUGAAUAGGGAUGAGAAUGACUAUUGGCACAUGAAGCCGUUGCAGAAGAAGCAAUUCGCCAGGAGCAUAGCCAACUCCCAGGAGGAGAUCAAUUUCAAAAAUCUACUGAUGCUGUAUAUCAACACAUUCAUUGGCGCCAACUUUGCGGAGGGAUGUAUGUAUUCGCUGGACGUGGGCAAGACCCGGAUGCAGAUGUUCGGCGAGGAGCAGAAGAAGACCGGCGGCAAGCCGCGCAAAAUGCUCCGGACAUUGUAUGGCAUUGCGGUCGAAGAGGGUCCCAAGGCUCUAUAUGCCGGUUUCUCGGCAAUGGUGCUGCGGAAUUUCAUCUUCAAUUCGAUGCGCGUCAUGCUCUACGAUAUAUUCCGGCGACCCUACAUCUAUGUUGAUAGCGAACACCAAGAGUCCAUUCGGGUACAUCAUGCGUUUAUGUGCGGUUGCACCGCCGGCUGUAUAGCCCAAGCCUUGGCCAAUCCCUUCGACAUAGCCAAGGUGCGCAUGCAAAUGGAGGGCAGGCGGAAACUACUGGGGCUGGCGCCGCGCAGCACCAGCUUCCCGAAUGUGCUGCGAACCGUCUACAGAAAAUCCGGUAUUGUUGGCAUGUGGCGUGGCGUCGGUCCCAGCUGCAUGCGCGCCUGCCUCAUGACGGCCGGAGACGUGGGCGCCUAUGAUCUGUGCAAGCGCAAUCUAAAGAAACACUUAGGUAUGCGUGAGGGCAUAGCCUUGCGGCUGGCGUCAUCGAUGGUCGCCGGACUGGUGGCCAGUGUGCUCAGCAAUCCGGCUGAUGUUAUUAAGUCGCGCAUGAUGAACCAGCCCACCGAUGACAAGGGCAAGGGCCUCUACUACAAGAAUUCGCUUGACUGCAUUUUGAAAUUGAUCAGAGAGGAGGGUGUCAUGAAUCUGUACAAGGGUCUAAUACCCUGCUGGCUACGGCUGGGGCCCUGGUCGGUCCUCUUUUGGCUAUCCGUGGAACAGUUGCGCGUCUGGGAGGGGCAAACCGGUUUCUAAGCGGCAAUUUGUCAUAUCAUCUAAAUGUAUGUGUAUUCUAAAUUCUUAAGUGAAGUGAAGACUUUUUUAACACUU